GUUUUGAUUGAAUUGAAUUUGUUGUCAAUUUUGUUUUUAAUGAUUUUCUCUUUUCUUUUAUAAAUCAAUUUAACAGUUUUCACAAUUUAUGUUAAUCCAAAGUAAUCAUUUGUUCUUUGUACGUUGUACUAUUCUCAGUUUGAGCCUGAGAAUUUAUUCUCUCAAUGUACUCAGGGAAUCAGCCCGAUUUCGGGCCAGUGUCCGAUCUUCGGGAACAAGCUUUCAAUGAUAUGAUCCGUGAAAAUGUUAUCUUUCUACUCAUUUUAAUAAUUCUCUAUGGAUUUUCAUACUUAUUAAUAUCAUCUUAUCGUAAACGUCGAGACGAAUUCUAUGCAGAUGAAGAGGAUGAAUUGGUCUUCCGAAUCAGCUUUUGGAUGUGUACAUUUUCAUUGGCCACAAGCAUCGGAUCAACUUUGUUACUCCCUUUUUCCAUCAUUGCUAAUGAAAUUUUACUUCUAUAUCCAGAUAACUAUUAUUUACAAUGGCUAAAUGAUUCGCUGAUCAAAGGAUUGUGGAACUAUGUGUUUCUCUUCUCAAACAUAUCUCUCUUCGUUCUUUUACCCUUUGCUUACUUUUUUCCUGAAUCUGAAGGGUUUACCAGUUCGCGUCGGGGAUUAAUGGCUCGGGUUCAUGAGACUCUUGUCCUUCUGCUAUUACUUUCAGUUCUAGUCUGUGGUUUAACUUACAUAACCUGCUCUCUACUUGGUUAUAAUGAUUUAGCUUUCACAACUUUACUCAAUAUGAACAAUUAUUUACCCCUUUUAUACUCUUGUGUCUCAUUUCUAGGUGUUAUCUUGUUACUUCUUUGUACUCCCAUUGGAAUUGCAAGAUUAUUCACCGUUCUUGGAGAAUUAAUAAUGAAACCAAAGUUCCUUCGAAACAUUCAAGAAGAAUAUGAAAUGGUGACACUCGAAGAGAUGCAUUUAAAUCGUAAAUUGAAAAACAUGAAAGAUGGUAACUGUGGUUCUGCUCCAACAAGCCCUUGGUCAACAGUUAACAAGUCAAAAUCUGUGCCUUCGAUUCCUCAGCUAGUUGAUAAAGAAGAAACCAAAAAUGAUAUUUUCAGUAAAUAUAACCUUCAGAUGCCAUGGACAAGUCCGAAUAGAAGUGAAAGAUCACCCAUGAGAAAUGGUAACCAUUCAUAUCAACUCAUGGAGAUGGAAAAAUCUCUUGAAAUUCUGGAAAGCAGGCGUAAAGAUCUUGAAAAUCAAAGAAGGGCGUCAGCAUUUAGGCGAUCACUUGGUUAUCCUCUUGCCAUGUUAAUUCUUCUUGUGUUAACUUCAUUCGCAGCUCUCCUGGUAAUACAAAACACUUUACAACUAUUAGUUGGAGUAAAAGCACUGCCCAUUUCAUCGGCUCAAACUUUCGUCGUUGGUUUAACAUCAUUAUCCAAAAUUGGUCCUUUUGGUGCUCUCAUGGAGAUAAUACUUAUCCUUUAUCUUUGGUGUGCAUCGAUUGUUGGACUAUACAGUUUACCAGGAAUCGGACGAUUAAGACCUCGACUCGGUGGUACAACAUUCACUCAAUGCGUCACUAAUUGUGCCCUUCUACUCAUACUUAGCUCAGCUCUGCCCGUUUUGGCUCGAACAGUUGGUAUAACCAAUUUCGAUCUGCUAGGAAAUUUCGGUCGAAUCAAAUGGCUUGGUAACUUUUACGUUGUUCUAUUUUACAAUACAGUUUUCGCUCUGACAACGGCUCUCUCACUCACCGAUAAAUUUACCGUUUCAGUUCGAACUGAACUAUUUCGUCGUCUCGAAGUAAACAUUGGUUGGCCUUGGACCUGGCGAUGUACCAAGUCUUUGACACUUUUAAAUAAUCAUUCAUCAUCUUCUACAUCAUCAUCAUCAUCAUCAUCAGACUCUAAAACUGAUUAACUCUGAUUACAAAAAAAAAUAAGCUUACAAAUCCAAGUGAAAAAUAUUUAAUGUGAAACCAUUAACGUGUGUGUUUGUGUGUAAUCAAUAUGCACAAGAGAUAUUACUUAAUGGCAUCAUUAAUUGUGAUAAUUUAUUAACAAUAUUAUUAUUAUAACUCUAAUCAUUUUCUUUCCCAACAAAAUGAUUCAAAAAAAAAACAA